UCUCCUCCUCAUUCUUGAAGCAGACUAUCAUCCCCCUUAUCCUUUCAUUCUAUCGCAUUCUGAAACACCCAAAACUCCCUCUUCUCUUCUCUUGUCCCGUCUUCUCUCUCGCCCCACCCACAAACAUUAGCAAGGAUGGCACUUUGAACAUUGUACUAUAGUCUUAGGCCAAUAUCAAACCUUCAUUGCCUCAAAACAGAAAACUAGAAAAAUCCCAUUUUUACUUAUGUAUCAGUAGCAAUUGGUAGCAUGCUUGAAGAAUAUAUACAUAAGCACAUAAGAAGAAAAUAGUAAUAUACCAGGGACUACUUAUGUAUGGAUAUAAUAAGUUGAGAGCAGUAGAAGGAAGAAGAUGUCUUGUCUAUUGCCACAGUUCAGGUGUUUGCCGGAUGCUUUUGGUGUUUCCUUCAAAUCCCAUCAACACUCUGCCCCCCAACUCUCAAAAAAUAGAGAUCCUAUACAUGUAAGAACACAAUGCAUCUUAUCAACUACAUCAGCACCAACAUCAGCAACAAGUACAGUGCUUGACAUUGAGAAGCUGCGACUAUUGUCCUUAGAAGCAAACUCAAAUUCUGUUUCAGAUGGUUCGUGGAAAGCCCCAAAAUCACCAGCAAUGGCUGCAGUUCUUGUUAUGGAGAAGUUGAAAUUAAUUUCUCUGGAAGCUCAUUCAGAUUCAGUUACGGCAAAUAGACCAUGGACGUACAAUGGACCAGUUGAUUCAGCUAUAAAGCCAAAUCUUGGAGCCACUUUGGUAACAGAAUCCCUUAUUGCAAAUGAAGAAGCUGUCAUAGCAGCUGCAGCAGCUGAAGCAGUUGCUUUAGCAAAGGCAGCCCUAAAGGUGGCCAAGGAUGCAGCCAUGAUGGUUGACCAUGGUAACUUGACAGAGCCAGAAAGUAAAGCAAUGGAUACCCUUUCUGAAUCUAGUGAUGUAUUGUCCAAUAGGGCUCUUCUGGGUCAACUAGAGAAAAGAGUUAACACCAUAGGAGAAAUAAAUAUUGCUGGAGUUGAGUUGGGUGAAAAUCAUUCAAUCUGGUAUCCCUUCACUGAAUCUGAUGAUAUGGAGCCGACUAAUGAAGAACUAGAGCUUCUGCAGGAACAACUGUUGAAUAAUGUAGCUGUGAGAUCAAAGCGUCAAAAAGAAAGAAAAGCAAGAAGAGCCAGAGCAGCAGAGAGGGCAGCUGCCAGUGCUGUAUCUGUGAAAUCAUCAGGUUCAACUAGCAGGAAGAAGCGUUCUUCCAUACAGGAAAUAGAUUACUCUGAUCCAUUGCGCUACUUGAGAGGAACUGCCACUACUUCUAGGCUGCUAACUGCUUCUGAAGAACGGGAGUUAUCUGAAGGAAUACAGGAUCUAUUAAAGCUGGAAACACUUCACGAGGAACUUGCACAGCGUUGUGGAGCUGAGCCCACUUUUGCUCAAUGGGCUGCUGCUGCUGGUGUUGAUCAGAAGACCUUGAGGAAGCGAUUGAAUUAUGGUACUCUAAGCAAAGAUAAAAUGAUUAAGAGCAACAUACGUCUUGUUAUUUCAAUUGCAAGGAAUUAUCAGGGUGCUGGGAUGAAUCUCCAAGAUUUGGUUCAGGAAGGGUGCCGAGGCCUUGUACGAGGUGCAGAAAAGUUUGAUGCUAAAAAAGGUUUCAAGUUCUCCACCUAUGCCCAUUGGUGGAUAAAGCAGGCAGUUCGGAAGUCACUUUCUGAUCAGUCUAGGACAAUUAGAUUACCGUUUCACAUGGUUGAGGCAACUUAUAGAGUGAAGGAAGCUAAAAAGCAACUGUAUUCAGAAAAUGGUAGACAUCCUGAUGAUGAAGAAGUGGCAGAGGCAGCUGGCCUCUCAAUGAAGAGGCUUUCUGCUGUAAUGCUGACUCCUAAAGCUCCAAGAUCUCUUGAUCAGAAAAUUGGGAUAAACCAGAAUCUGAAACCUUCGGAAGUAAUCGCUGAUCCUGAAGCUGAAACAUCAGAAGACUUGCUGGUCAAGCGUUUCAUGAGACAGGACCUAGAGAAAGUUUUGAACACUCUAAACCCAAGGGAGAGGCAGGUCAUUCGAUGGCGAUUUGGACUAGAGGAUGGAAGGAUGAAGACAUUGCAAGAGAUUGGGGAGUUGAUGGGAGUGAGCAGGGAGAGAAUCAGGCAAAUUGAAUCAUGUGCAUUCCGCAAAUUAAAGAACAAACGGAGAACGAAGCAUUUGCAACAGUAUUUACUUUCAUAAGCCCCCCAGAAUGAUCAGGAAAGUAGUAUAUAUAUUUCUUAGCAACAACUUGCAUCUCGAGGCUCGUGCUCUCCCUGUUCUAUAUUUUUCUUUCUCCAUUUUCUACUCCUACAUAAUCUUGCCUUUUGCUUUCUUGUUUCUCUUCUUUCUCCAGCUAUAGAACUCUUAUCAUUCUAGCAAGACUAGAUAUUGUUUCUGUACAGUUAACACGAAAAUCUUUCAUUAGGCAAUAUCAGAAAUUUCAAAGAGAUACAGCGUGGAAAGGCACGUAUUCUCACUCUGAAUGAAUGAUCUUUUGUUC